AUGGCUCAACAACAACAACUCAAGGGAUACACAUCCUACAAGCACUUCAACGUGACCUCGGCAGGUCCUGACUUCGUCGCCCACGUCGAGAUCAACCGGCCCGCCAAGCUCAACGCCUUCUUCGAGGCCAUGUGGCUGGAGCUGGGCGCCAUCUUCCGGCAGCUGUCGUCGGAUCCGGACGUGCGGGCCGUGGUCCUCUCGGGCGCCGGCGACCGGGGUUUCACGGCGGGUUUGGACAUCCAUGCGGCCAGCUCGAACAACCAGUUGCAAUCGGGCGACGCCCCCGACGUUGGGCGCAAGGCGGCCCAGCUGAGACGGUACAUUACUGAGUUCCAGGAUAGCAUUUCGGCUAUCGAGCUGUGCGAGAAACCCGUCAUUGUCGUCCUCCACGCCAUCUCCCUCGGCCUCGCCAUCGACAUCGCCUGCGCUGCCGACAUCCGCCUUUGCACGCGCGACGUCCGGCUGGCCGUUAAGGAGGUCGACAUCGGCCUGGCCGCCGACAUUGGCACCCUUUCCCGGCUGCCCAAGGCCGUCGGCAACUUCUCGUGGGUGAAGGAGGUAUGCUUGUCAGCCAGAGAGUUCGGCUCGGCCGAGGCGCAACAGGUUGGCUUCGUCAGCCACGUCCUCGACAGCAAGGCGGCUGCCAUGGACCAGGCCGUCAAGCUGGCGGGCUUGAUCGCUGGAAAGAGCCCGAUUGCUGUGCAGGGAACUAAGGAGUUGCUGAACCACGCGAGGGAUCACUCCGUUGCUGAGAGCUUGCGGUAUACCACCGUCUGGAACUCGGCUGCUUUACAAUCAAGAGAUAUGAUGGACGCGCUAUCGGCUAGCGUGCAGAAGAAGAAGCCCGUUUUUUCGAAGCUCUGA